AUGAACAACGGUGCUUUCUCGAGGCUACCGGUCGAGGUGCUGGCUCGAAUAUCCUUCUAUCUCAGCGACCACGACCUUGUCCGGCUCUCAGAAGUAGACAGGCGCCUGCACGUCGUCGCUAAACACCCGUCUUGCUGGCGAUGGCGAUGUCAGAAAUGGAUUUCCUGGAGCGAACCAAAGAUGCUCCUGCGCUCCCGCAGCAGACUGCUCGACCAGGAGUAUUCGGACCUUGACUGGCGAGAGGUUUAUAUUCAGAAAACAGCUAUUGACCGAAAGGUGCGCUUGCUGGCCGAGCGAUACUCUGGAUACUCUUCCUACUCCGAUAGCUUCGACAGCAUCACCUCACUCGGCCUCGACGCGCUCGACGCACUCUCCGCUAUAAUCAAAGACAACUCGACCUACAAUCUCGGCGCAAAGUUCAUCGCCAGCCAGGCGCGGGGUUUCAUCCGGCGUCGCCACGCCGUCCAACUAUUUCUCGCCAUUGCAAAUUCGAAACCCAGCGCGCGCGCCAUCGAUCAAGAAAUCGUCUUUUCGGCCCCGGCGUAUUUCCAUGAGAGCGAUUACUGCGAGCAGUUGAUUUUUAUGCAUGAUGCGGCAGAUCGCGCGGCGCGGAGGCUUGGAUACUCGAAUUAUGACGCAUAUACAGCUGCGCAUUGCAUUCUGGAUCUCCUUGUUGCCGAAGGACUCAUACCCCCAUACGGUAAGUAUACGUCGACGAGCAGAAAGAGCACUACAGUCGUACUGACAGAUUCUCCAGAGCAAACCGAGAACCCUCUAAUCCUGUCAGUCUUCUCUCUCUCCAACUCCACCCAUCAUUUCUGGUCGCCGGCCGGAAUAUAUGCUGGCAUCGCCCGCCGCGUCGGACUCGAAUGCAAAAUCAUCAGCCUACAAACUCUCAUGCUCUACCUACCGUCAGAUCCCAACAAGCGAGUAUAUGUAUCCACAGUCUUGAAACGAGUAUUCCGCGAACAAGAACUCUCGACCUCUCCCACAUGCACAAAUUACGAUGUCGCCGAAAUGUCAAAUCUGGAAAUCCUCAAAAAUAUGUCCUCUGUUCUCAGCUUGUUUGUUCAAUCCAGCUCUUAUAUGGGAAACAUCGCCGUGGCCAACGUUGCUCCCCGACCAGUCACUGCUCUGGACACGCCAGACGAAAUGCUCGAUUACGCUCUAACAAGCACAGUCAACCCCCUACGCACCCUGCAGCUCUUGAUCGACGAACAAUGGAUUCUCGGCGACCUAAUGUCAAUCCGUCGCCGCGGCUGCCGCAACGAACUCGAGAUGUUCAUGUCUAGAGAAUUUCACGACGCGUUCGCAGUAGCUUAUGGCGCUCAUAUGGCCGACCGCUUCGUCGGCCGCGUGAGGAAGGUCGCGGGCCUAGUUGAGAAGUGCGUCGAAUCUGAAGAAAUGGGAUAUGCAGUCGACAACGAUACCCGGGAAGACACCAACAGCAGCUGCCCCGGAAAUUUCUCAAUCGGCGAUCUGGUAAUCUACAGCCGCUACGGCCGCGGCGGCGUCGUCGUCGCAGGAGCAUCCAGACCAAACUCAACUACCACUCAAAAGUUCUACUUGGUAGUCCUGGCCACCGAUGCUCAGCGCGCCUGCGUCUCGCAGAGAAGUCUGCGGAAACCAAAGACGGUGUUUGAAAAGGAGGCAGUUGUUAAAGCGUUGAAUUUGCCUGCGGUGCAGGCAGAACUGGGGCGUUACUUUAAACGAUUCGAGUGGGAUACAAAUACGUUCUUGGAGUACAAGUCGUUGGUUUAA